UAGAAGGGAAAUCGCAGGCGUUUAUCACAUGCCAGUCUCCGAAUAUUACAAUGAGAAUUUUCAUAGAUUCGAAUCCCUCCAAAUAUCAAACUCCUCCCACUAAAUCCACUCUCUGUGGCUCCCAAUUCCCUUCUCUUUCUGUCUUGCUUUCAUACAGUCCCCAGAAGUCUCUCCUUCUCUCAGCCAUAAUCUCAAGCACUUGUUGUACUUCACUGCCUUUUGUUUUUCCCUACUACUUGUCCCUGUCUUCUUCCUCUUCUCUUGUUUUCGACUGAAAGAACCAAACUUUUUGCUAUAUGAAGAAAAACCCACAAUUUUUUUUUUCACAUGACUAAAGACCCUUAUGGAUUGAUUGAGAUUUCAGAAUAGCAAAAGAAGCUAUGCAGCCUUCAUCUGUUUCUCAAGAACCCAUUAAUUUGUGGAACUCUGCAUCCCAAUUGGGUUCUUUUUUACUUGAUAAUUCUGUUAAGUUCAAUGGGAAUUUCAAUUAUGAGGGCUACUCCUCAUUAUUGUCCAACAGUUUGCGUUUUGAUGGCUUAGUUAGUUCAUUUUCUCAAAAGAAGCCAAAUACUGUUGCUUCAUUGAGUUUGAGUACUAAAGGUGCUGCCUUUAGGAUUAGGAGAGUUUUGAAUCAGUUUAAUAGGUUCAUUAAGUUUAAUUGUGAGAAAAUCCCACUUGGGUUUGCCUCAUUAGGGUCUAAUUAUGGGGAAAGCAAUGGCUUUAGGGAGGAUGACAAUGGAGUUUGUGUGAGUGAGGGAGUGCCUGUUAAUGGUGUUGAAUCAGAAAAUCCUAAAAAAGUACUAAUUUUGAUGAGUGACACCGGUGGUGGUCACAGGGCGUCUGCUGAGGCUAUUAAGGCUGCCUUUAAUGAAGAAUUUGGGGAUGAUUAUCAGGUGUAUAUUACUGAUUUAUGGACUGAUCAUACGCCUUGGCCUUUCAACCAACUGCCAAGGAGUUAUAACUUCUUGGUGAAACAUGGACCUUUGUGGAAAAUGACAUAUUAUGCUUCUGCCCCACGUGUGGUUCAUCAAUCCAACUUUGCUGCAACAUCAACUUUUAUAGCUCGGGAGGUUGCUAAAGGUUUAAUGAAGUACCAACCAGAUAUUAUUAUUAGUGUACAUCCCUUGAUGCAGCAUGUCCCACUCCGUAUAUUGAGAGCAAAGGGUCUUCUGGAGAAGAUUGUAUUUACCACUGUGGUGACAGAUUUGUGCACGUGUCAUCCCACAUGGUUUCACAAGCUUGUAACAAGAUGCUACUCUCCAUCUGACGAGGUGGCAAAACGAGCGGUAAAAGCUGGAUUGAAGCCCUCCCAAAUUAAGGUUUAUGGCCUUCCAGUCCGACCUUCCUUUGUCAAGCCUGUUCGUCCUAAGGUUGGUAGAUUUUCCUGGGAGAUAGGAAUCAACUUUUUCAAUUUUUUUGAGCUGUUACAAUUGAUUUCCUUUUAAAUCCCAUAUAUAUGC